AAUGGCAUUUUUAAAGAAAUUUUUUGGAUAAAAAACAGAUUCUUAAAGUUCUCUAUAUAAGACUAACUUAAAUGAAAUUUAUAAUAAAUCACCAUUUCAAAAAAAAUAAAUUACCUCAACUAUUCAAGAUUAAAAAAAAUUAGAGCAAUUUGAACUUAUACUAGAAUAGCAAAUAAUUGAUUUAGAAGCUCUUAAGAAACUCACUUGGAGAGGAAUACCUAAUGGUAUUGUUUUAGAUAAAUAUAACUAGAAUAUAGAGCAAAAGUAUGGAAAUUAAUAGUAAAAUACAUUCCUCCCAAUCACAUGAGUCAGACAACUAUUUUGCAAAAGAAAAGAUAAGAUUAUUAACAAUACAUUAAGAAUUAUUAUCAACAUAUGAACGAACAAGAAAGGGAUGAAAAUGAAAGGAAAAUCAUAAAGAUUAUAUAAAAUGAUGUAUUGAGAACUCAACCAGAUUAUAAACUAUUUAGAGAUCCAAGAAUAUAAGAGAUGUUUAAAAGACUCUUAUUUAUAUGGAAUAUGAGACAUCCAAUGAGUGGUUAUGUUUAGGGCAUAAAUGAUGUAGCAUCACCUUUAGUUGUAGUAUUCUUGAAUGAAUAUGUUCAAAUAGAUUUCAAUUCUUUUGAUGUUCCUUCUAAUUUUGACAAAUUACCAGAAGACAUUUUGAUUGAUAUUGAAGCUGAUAUCUAUUGGUGUUUAUGCAAAAUAAUUGAAAAUAUUUAAGAUUAUUUCACUGCAAAUUAACCAGGUGUUUAAGAAGCAUAUGUAAAAAUUAGAGAAUUGAUCAAAAUAGUAAGAAUUAAUCAAUAAAAUUAAGCUUGACUAUCCUUUAUAUCAAUAUUUUGAAGAUCAAUAAAUAGACUUAAAUCAUUUUGCCUUUAGAUGGGUGUUAUGCCUAUUAAUAAGAGAAUUUCCAUUAUCUUUAACUAUCAGAUUAUUGGAUACAUAUUUAGCUGAAGGUGAUGAGAUGGCUAAUUUACAUGUAUAUACAGUAACUAACUUAAUACUUAAAUGUGCACCUGAAGUAAAUUAGUAAAAUAUAAUAGAUUAAAUCAAAGAAUAUGAGUGAAGCAGUCAUAUUUUUAUAGAAUUUACCUACAAAAGAAUGGACAGAAGUGUAACUUGAAAUGCUUUUGUAAGAAGCAUUUGUUUUUCAAGAUCAUUUUGAAAAAACAAAGGGCCAUUUAAAAUUAAAUUAAGGAAAUACAAAUAGAAGUAGCAUUCUCUGA